GACUUGACGCAGGCUGCUGCAAACACACCGUCUCUUGGCGGACAUGGCGGCAACUUGAUGAAGGCGGCGAGGGCUUGAAAAAGGAGAGAGAGAAAAGGCGUCUGUAGCAGGUGGGAGCUAGGCCCCAUCCGCCGACACAAAAAGGCAACAGUCCUUCGCCAUGUUGGAAGACGAUAGCGCCCUUGUCCGCGCACGACCGAGGCCGGGGAAGACGUAAGCGCGUCGGUGAGUGUUUCUAAAAGCGGAGUCGCGGCUACGCAGAGGAGCGGCGCCGCGCGGCAGCUCGGGGCGGACGGCAGGAGGACAGCCAUGGAGGAUGCGGCCCGCGGUCGCAGGAGUCUGAUUUCCCACCCGGCCCACGCUCCUUUGGAUGGGAAUUACCGCUGAUCGCCACGGAAAGCCGGGACAACCCACGAACCGACUCUUGAGGGGAGGAAAACGCGAUCGGCUCCCGACGUCCAUGACUGUUGCGGCAGAGGAGCCCCCACGGUGGAGUCGGCCGGUUCCCAAAAUAUGACCAGGGGUGCUGGGACGUGUUGGCAGCAAGAAGACGACGACGGCUUCCAAAUCUGGCUAGAGCCCCCCCGCGACCACCAAAAGCCAUUCACCGACUCCGAGAGGGCGCAGAGAUGGCGACUGUCCUUGGCAUCUCUCCUGUUCCUCACCGUCCUCCUCUCUGAUCGUCUGUGGUUCUGCGCCGAGGCCAGGCUGGCCCGAACCCCGGACAAGUUCGCGUCCUCCCACCUCCACUCCCCCCACACCCACUCGGCGCACAUUAGCCUCAUAGAGAACCCCCACGCUAUUUUUCUAGGAAACUCCACCAAACAUCUGUGGCGCCUUGAAACUCGCCACCGGGACAGUUCGUCCGGCGACUGCUUCGCCUUCGCGGAUGCGGACGACCUGUGCCGGGGCCUCUCCGACCAACAGGGGCCGCGGGUCGCUAACAUGAGCGACUUGUUCCUGUCCUUUUGUAACUCCUACUCCCUGCUGGAUCUGUUCGAGGGCUCGGUGAGCCCGGACAACCUGAACUGCAGCGUCCAGGCGCUGGAGGAGGGCGACGCGACGCGAUGCAGCGAGUGCGUCCAGGCGUACCAGCGCUACGACCAGCACGCCCAGGAGAAAUACGAGGACUUUGAGCUCCUGACUCAGAAAUACGAGCCAGGGGCUUAUUCGGUGAGGACGUGCAUGGAGCAGUGCAAGAUGGCCUAUAAGCCCUGGCUCUGCGCUCAGUACUUCCCCAACAUCAAGCUGUCUUGUCAGAGGAAGAUACCGUGCCACCGGUACUGCCUGGAGGUCCAGCAGAGUUGCCCGUUCAUCCUGCCAGACAACGACGACCUGAUCCACGGCGGGAACCCCAGCUUCAUCUGCACAGGGCUCCUGGGAGAUCAUCCAUCAGACAGCGAGGCGGAGUGCUGCGACGUUCGAUGGGACUCUAAAAUGGACAGCCCUUCAGGCAGCACACUUAAAAGGACUGCUUCUUCCUGCCAGCCCGAGGGGGCUUCGGUCACUUCGGCGGCCAGCUCGAGACUGUGCAGCGGGCGACUGAAGAUAUGCCUGCUGGCCCUCGUCCUUCUACAAACUGUCAUCAUUAUUUCAGCCUCACAUAACUCUACGUUGCUGGAAGUGGCCGCCAUUUUCUCGCUAGAGGAGGGCUCGUCGAACGAGGAGUGAACCUCCGUUGUGCCGGGAGGGGGGGGGGGGAUUGGCUUUUAGGGCGCCAUGGCCGCCGGGGACACAUCUGGUCCAGACAUGCCGGAGAUGUCACUGCGAUCUGCUGCCAACAAAGCGUCAAUCACACAACAUGGGAGGGCUUGAACUGGAGAACAGGGGUCUGGGAGCGGACGUCGAACCCCGACCGCGAUGCUCCAGGACCACCCAACCCCCCCCACAAAGAACUGACCUCUUGCCACUAGAAACCUGCUCAUUGUUUCUAUCUCAUCCAAAUGUUUUUUAGCAUAUCGUCCCUGUACCCUCCCCCUCCUACCUUCCCUCUCCUCUGGUCUCAGUGUCUGGAUGGGUGAACGGACAUUGACGAAGUCUGCAUUCCUUUAGAUCUUUUCUGCACUUUUCUCCCCCCUUUCAGGUGGCUGAAUAUUUUUGCCCUAUCUGCCAUGUUCCUCUCUCAGUCCAUCUCCUUCGGUGCGUGUUCUUAAUCGAGGGCCUUUUAGUAUCUGCUCAUCCUUUAGCUGUGGGCGUUUGAUUUUGUUUUCUCCCAGAUUCUUUCUGACCCCUUGCGAAGGCGCAUGCCUCAGCAUUUUAGGACCGUAAGUGCUCUGACUCGCUUCCUCCUCUUGACUUGUUCUGCAGCUGGAUAAGUUUGAAAUAAAGCAGGAAGCUUAGUGACGUUGCAGGAAGUAGAACCCGGCUUAACAAGACGCUUCAUGCGCCAAAGUCUUUGGUUCCCAGAAAGAGUUGCAAAAAGCAGCCUCACUCGUCAACCAGGAAUCUUUCUCCACAAAUAGGCUUUUCCCCACCAAUUUGACUCCACCGCUCCACCAGUGGUGUUGCUAAAACCAGUUGUUCCAGUUUGUUUUCCUGCAAACAAAAGAAAAAACCUCUGCCAUAUAUCCAAGUACCUCCAUGAACAGAUGCAUCGUUAUCCCCAGCUCCAAU